AUGGUCACAAACUCGACAGCACGCAAGAUGAAGCCCGAAGUGAUCGAAGCAUCCCAGCAUGAAUACUGCGAUCCAGCAGAGGACGUGGUACUGGACAAGUCCUAUCCAGACGAUGUCAACACCGGAAUGGCAGCUGGAGUUGAAAGGCACGCACUCAUUGCAAUAUUUUUCCUCGGCCUCGCAGUCGUUUGCCCAGUGUCCAUUGGCUUUUUGACCGUAUCUGGCACGCUUCUUGAUAUUGGUCGAGGGUUGAAUAUUUCGUCUGCUGCGCAACUGCAGUGGGUCACUUCAGGUUAUGCUGUGGGAUCGUGUGUCUCUUUCCCCCUGGCAGGCAGCAUAAGCGACAUCUUCGGACGACGCUGGGUCAUCAUUUCUGGUCAGGUCAUUGGGAUUGCAGGUGCUAUUGUGGGAGCCACGGCCACGAACGUCAACACAGUCAUUGCAUCCGGAACCGUCCUGGGGUUUGCCACUGGGAUUGUCUUCACCAUUUACGCUGCAGUCCCAGAGAUCUGUCCGAAUCGAUACCGGGGUCUCGGUCUGGCUUGGAUCGAGGCAUGCAUUCUUUUCCCUUGGGGUACAUUGGCCGUUCUUUUGGGCAAAGAAAUUGCCGCGACUAUAGGAUGGAGAUGGAUCUACAUCAUCGCCUGCAUCUACGGUGUCAUCGGUGUUGUCGGGACCGCCGCAUUCUAUUUUCCACCCACCCGACAACACUUCGAUGAGAGAUCAAAACUGACUCGGUUCCGUCAACUCGAUUUCCUAGGCCUUGGCCUCUUCGUCUCCGGGGUCACUACGCUGCUCAUUGGCUUGUCUUGGGCCGGAACCACGGGUCACCCCUGGAAGUCUACCUCUGUCAUCUGUCCCAUUGUCCUGGGCGGUGUUCUGCUCAUCUCGGCCUUUGCCUACGAUCUCACUCGCGGAGAGAAAAACCACGUCCUAUUUCCAGCAGAUCUAUUUUCCAUGACCCGAAAAUUCACCACCGCCUUGGUCGCCAUCUUUGUUGCCGGUAUGAUAUUCUAUUCCAUGGCAGCACUUCUCCCCCAGGCUUCCCUGUACCUCUUUUCCGACAACCACAUCGAGCUGGGCCUCAUCCAAUUGCCCAACGGAAUCGGACAGACCGUCGGUGCAGUUGUGGGUCCGAUGAUCUUGCACAAAACCAAACGACCCAAAUAUCACAUCCUCGUGGCAUUGUUUGUGCAGACGCUGGGGGUUGGCCUCUACGCAUGGGCCCUCCCCAAGCACAAAGCCGCUUGGAUGGCGUUCCAGUUCUUCGGGCAGGGGUGCUUUUCUUGGCUCUCGGUCUGCUGUAUCAUGAAUGCUGGGCUCCAUGUAAAGCAUGCCGAGUUGGGCAUCGCCACCGGCGUCAUUUGCACUUUCAGAUCCUUUGGCGGCAGUGUCGGGAAUGCCAUCUUCAACACGAUCCGGUCGUUGGUGCUGACCAAGCAUCUUGCGCCCGAGGUGGUCAAGGCGGCCGCUCAGCAUGGGUUUGACGCCAGAAAUCCCAAGAAUGUGGGACUCCUCCUCACUGCCGUGGCAAAGGCGGUGGUAGGCAUUCCUUACGCCUUCAAAAACGUCCCCGGCGCCAACGCCGCCGUCGAGCUCGCCUCCAUUCAAGCCUUUAGGCACGCCCAGUCGACAGCCUUUCGCACCGUGUUCCUGUCCACGAUUCCGUUCGGAGUGAUCGCCAUUGUCGUUGCCUUUUUCAUUGAAGACGCAUCGAGAUUGAUGAACAAUCAUGUUGCUGUGAAGUUGAGGAAUAGACGAGGCAUGGUAUGA